CUCGGGCAAUAUUCAGAGGGGCUCCAUCACAGACGCGUUUUCGGUCCUCGUUCUAGAUGGCGGGCGGGAUCCUCAGCAACCUGGACAACCUGUGCAACGUGGACUGCGCCAACGUGCACCCCCUGGUGUGCCACCUGUGCCACGAACAGUACCAGUCGCCGUGCCUGCUGGACUGCUACCACAUCUUCUGCGCCCGCUGCCUGCUGGGCCGGACCAACGACGGCCGACUCGGCUGCCCCCUCUGCGGGUACCCGUCCGUCAUCAAGGGGAACAACGGCCUCCCGCCAGAAGACCGCCUGCUUAAGUUCCUGGUGGACAAUAACGCAGACGCCGAGGAGAUCGUGCAGUGCGCCAACUGUGACCAAGAGAGCAACAAAAAGGACGCCGGCGUGAUGUUCUACUGCAACACGUGCAACCAGCCGCUGUGCUGCGCCUGCAGGGAGCUCACGCACAAGGCGCGGAUGUUCGCCCACCACGACAUCGUCUCGCUGGCCAAGCGCAGCAAGGCCAAGCACAGGAAAUGCGUUCUGCACGAGGAGCCCUACAUCCUCUUCUCCACCGAGAACAAGUCCAUGCUUUGCAUCAAGUGCUUCAGAGACAUGCAAGUCGAGAGUCGCACUCACUGCAUCGACAUUGAGACGGCCUACAUGCAGGGAUGUGAGAUGUUGGACCAGGCUGUGCUGGUGGUGAAGGAGCUGCAGACGUCCACCCGGGAGGCCAUCUUCCUGCUGAGGUCCAUGAUCGGAGAAGUCUGUCUGAACGUGGAGGAGGAAGAGAGCGCCAUCUGCUCUCUCUUCAAUAGUCUGCAGGAAAAACUGGCCGAGAGAAAGAAGAUUCUGCUGAAAACCGCUCAGAGCCAGCACGAGGAGAAGGAGAAGGCGCUAAAGGAGCAGCUUUCACACCUGACCUCGCUCCUGCCUACGCUCCAGGUCCAUCUGGUCACCUGCUCGGCAUUCCUCAGCUCGGCGAACAUGUUUGAGUUUCUGGACAUGGGCUACCAACUGAUGGAGCGGCUGAAACGGAUCGUGAAGCUCCCCCAUCGCCUCAGACCGGUUCAGAGCAGCAAGAUCAACACGGACUACCGCAGCGAGUUCGCCCGCUGCCUGGAGCCCCUGCUGCUGAUUGGCCAGCGCUGCGCCCCUUCCGUCACCGGCUCCUCCAGCGUCGCCACGAGGCUGCAGUCGCCUCUGUCCAUGUCUUGCCGCUCCCUGUCCCUCAGUGAGAUGCCGCUGGGCUCCGUGUUCGGCCGGAGGCCCACGUCUCACCGCAACAUCUGCACCAAGGUCCUGCUGGCCGAGGGCCGGGAGACCCCCUUCACCAAGCACUGCAACAACUACGAGAACUCCUACAGGAUUCUGCAGACCGAGAUCCAGAACCUGAAGGACCAGGUUCAGGAGCUGCACAGGGACCUGACCAAGCAUCACUCCAUCAUCAACACGGCCCAGAUGGGCGAGAUCCUGGACCGCUCGCUGCACAUCGACAGCCAGAUCGCGUCUCAGUACACCACGGUGGAGACCAUGAGGACCAUGUUUGAAGAGAUCUGGGACGAGACCUUCCAGAGGGUCACCAAUGAGCAGGAGAUCUAUGAAGCCCAGCUCCACGAUCUGAUGCAGCUGAAGCAGGAGAACUCGUACCUGACCACCAUCGCCAGGCAGAUCAGCCCCUACAUCCUGUCCAUCGCCAAGGUCAAACAGAGACUGGAACCCAGGCUCCAGGAGGCCAAAGAGUGCCGCGACGACCGCACCGAAACCAUGUUGAAGAUUUACAGAGACGGCACGACAGUUGGAGCGGAGACUCAAGACAGGUCCCCACGAGUCCCGUUACACACUGCGCUGGUUCUCAAACUGGGCCCGACGGGCCCCCUACUAACCGAGCUUCAGGCUCAGCAAAAUACAUUGCAGUAAAUUAUAAGAUUCUACAAUGUGAAAAAAUGGGAACUAGUACUUGAACUAAAAAUACAUGAUUUUAUGCCCCUUUCCCCCCCGUGUGUCUGACUUCUUCUUGUCUUCCACAGUGACAAGCAGACGUGCGUCACAGAACAAGACAAGAGCAACCACCCGCUCGUGAUGUCUUGAAACCGCCUCCCACCGCCCACCAGAUACGACACGUGGUGUACGUGACAUUCUUCGAGCAAAAAAAAAUUAAAAAAAAAAAAAAAGGGGGGGGGGUUGGUUACUGUCAGUGGGUGAGAAACUUUCACGUGUUGGUGCUAAGCGGCCGAGGUCACGCCGCUGUCGGGGAGGGCCACACUUCACUGACACCAUGAAGAAGUGUCACUGAACAGGGGGCAAAAGUGUUAAUGACUUAAUAAUACACCCUGUGGACCGCCACAAAGAAAAAUCCUCUUUUUUGGGGUUUGAAUUUGCCCCAUAAGAACCAAUGCAAAUGGGAUUUAGAAUUCAUUUUUAAAAAAAUGAAAUGCUGCGUGUUUUCAGGCAUUUUUUUUUGUGGGUCUACUCAUGCCAUUAGGGAGAGAUCCGACAAAUUUGGGGGAAAAAAAAAAUACUUGGACCAGGUCAUAUUAUUAUUUGAUGGACCUGCAAAUGGCUAACAUGACCCUAAAAUGUCCGCUUGAAAGCAAAAUGGCGGCCCCGGUGUAUCUUUUCAGGGAAAGCCUCUUGCGACAUUUUUGGUGGGUCAACUCCUGAUAGACACGUUUACCAAAUUUAAUGUUGCUAAAUGAUCGCGGGCUGAAUUUUCCAAAAGGAAAUUCAGAUUCGAAAGAGCCCGAGAAAUGUCAAAUAUUUCCCUAAAAUGGUCACUUCAGACAGAAAUAGCAGACUUCCUGUCUUUUUGGACAUUCUUCUUCUUUUUCUUUCGGCUUGUCCCAUUCGGGGUCGCCGCAGCGUGUCCUCUUUUUCCCAUCCAAGCCUAUCUCGAGCAUCUUCCUCUCGAACAGCCACAGUCCUCAUGUCCUCCAUCAACCUUCUCUUUGGUCUUCCUCUCGCUCUUUUGCCUGGCAUUACCCUUCCACCAACAUACUCCCUCUCUCGCCUCUGAACAUGUCCAAACCAUCGAAGUCUGCUCUCUCAAACCUUGUGUCCAAAACAUCCAACCUUGGCUGUCCCUCUAAUGAGCUCAUUUCUCAUCCUAUCCAACCUGCUCGAGAACCUCAACAUCUUAAUUUCUCCCACCUCCAGUUCCACUUCCUGUUGUUUCUUCUCUAAUCCGUACAUCAUGGCCGGCCUCACCACUGAUUUAUAAACUUUGCCCUUCAUCCUAGCGGAUAUUCUUCGGUCACAUAGAACACCAGACACCUUCCGUCUUGGACCCGUUUCUUCACUUCCUUACCACACUCUCCAUUGCUCUGGAUUGUUGACCACGAUUAUUUGAAGUCAUCCACCCUCGCCAUCUCUUCUCCCUGAAGCUUCACCCUUCCUCCUCCUUCCCUCACAUUCACGCGCAUAUAUUCUGUUUUACUUCGGCUAAUCUUCAUUCCUCUCCUUUCCAGCGCGUGCCUCCAUCUUUCUAAUUGUUCUUCCGCCUGCUCCCUGCUUUCCCUGCGGAUCACAAUAUCCUCUGCGUACAUCAUGGUCCAAGGGGAUUCCAGUCUACCCUCAUCUGUCGGCCUAUCCAUUACCACUGCAAACAGGAAGGGGCUCAGCGCGGAACCCUGAUGCACUCCCACCUCCACCUUAAAUUGUUUUGACACACGUACGGCGCAUCUCACCGCUGUUCUGCUGCCCUCAUACAUGCCCUGUAAUAUUCAUAUUUCUCCGCCACACCAGACACCACAGUUCCUCGCUUGGUUCUCCGUCAUAGACUUUCUCUAGGUCUACAAAGAGACAAUGUAGCUCCUUCUGACCUUCUGUGUACUUUUUCCUCUGUACUCUUCCACGAGCAUCCAUACAGUACGUGCUUUGUUUAUCAUACGUGGCCGGUUUUAUCGUGUGUGCGCGAUCCAAAUUUUCAGCCUCGUGUCGAACUUGCCUCACGGCCUUACCGCCAUGUCACAAAACGCAAACAUAUCGCACAAAACAUUUGUGAAAUGAUGUCCUUUUUUUUCUUUUUUGAGGAGUGGAAGUUUUUCAUUUCAAUAAAAGCAAUACUUCUGGAGAAACAGGAGGUUUGUGUCUCACGGCCUUACUCCUUGAUUUCAUAAUUUUGUCGAAAUAAAAGGCUGCUCGCCGCGCGCAAGCUACCGUGGAUAAUAAUCGGGUCGUGACUAAUGGAAGGCAAAAAAGCUUAUUUACGUCUCAUGGACGGCGGGUAAAGUUGGGAAAAUAUCAAGCACCCGUUUGGCCUUGGGGAAGCGUCCAGAAGGUCCGGAGUCCGCCUUUAUAAAAAAUGCAUUUGUGACAAAGGACCGUCCCCUCCCCUCCGGCGCCUGAGGUCGUUCAUCAGCCGGGCCGCCGACUCGGUCUUCGUUACUCUCCCGCUCGGAAGGUUAUUCCACGCCACGGGAAAGUUUAUUUUGGGCGUCGAGUUCGGGCC